CGUGUGCGCAUGCGCCUCUGCCGGUGUCCGGUGUCAGCAGCUGUUCGCUCCAUAACGGAAUCUCCACGGGACUGUAACAUGGAUCUAUAACGGAGAUUUACCCACGCGGGAAUACCCGAGCAGACCCCGACCAGACACGGAGCGAUCCGGACCGACCAGCCCAGUCCUCCCCGCUGUUCAUCUGAAGCCCCGGGUCGGGAGCUAACGGGUAACAGCUAAGUGACAGCCGCGGACAGCUGUUAUCUAACAGGCCACGCCGCUCCUGUGCAGCUCCAGCCGAUCAUCCGCGGUAUUUUGGGGAUUUAAAGGAGCGUCCGAGCCGGGGAGUCUCUGCACUGGACCGCCCUCUGAGGCGGACUCUACCGGACCAAACCAAGGCUAAAGGCUAACUACUACCAGAACAUCCUGCUUUGGCUCGGUUCGGGAAACAGUUGGCAGGAUGUUGAUAGCCGUAGGAGCAGGGCCUGGGAACCCAGCCGGUCCCACCAAGAAACACCGAAAACGAGGAAAGAAACACAAGAAAAGCAAAGCAGAUGAAGCCAGUGACACCACAAUACAGGCGAUUAACCAAUCAGAGAAAAACAUGGUCUCUGUCAACAAGCAUGGCAGCUUACACAUAAAAAGGGGGACAAAUAACACAGAGGACUGAGUAACAGGACAGAUUUCUGCAGAAUCAGCCUGACGAGAUCUGCCAACUCCAAAAUAUGAACAAUGACAACAACCAGCACGAAAACAACAUUACGCCACAAAUUACUCACGAAAGUACAUCUCCAGCCCUCGAUAUACCUUCUAGCAACGAAGAUCAGACAACUUAUAACUACGAAAUGCAGCAAUUGUCUAAUCAUGAUGAAGAACAGCCAACUUUUAAGCAUGAGGAAAUCUACCAAACAACACAAGAACCAGAAAAUAAUUAUGGAACAGAUUCCGCUGAAGAGAAUAAUAAUUAUAGGGAUACUUCUCCACACUAUCCCAAGUUACAGACUGAAAAAACACAUGCACAAAAUAACAUUGAAUCUUUAUCCCUUCCUCGGCCCAUCACUGUAAAUAACCCACAAUUAUGUUCAGACACAGAAACUCGUACAUUAUCUUCAGACAAUGGCAUCGAACAUCAAGCGAUGCCUUUUCCUGAUUCCUCUGUACCAGCCAAACAUCACAACCAAUCAUCUCCUUGCAAAUCUCCAAGCCCCACCCACAGCCGAUCUCCAAGCCCAUCCCAUGAACUCUGCCCUUCUCCGGAUGAUGAUUCAACGCUAAAUCUCUCCUCAUCGCCGUACAGGAAUGAGGAAAACGAGAUCCCUAGCUUGUGUUAUGUCAGAUCCAAUUCGCCAAUCGAUUUUGAGGCAGAAGCGUUAAAAUUUGCGGCAAAUUACAGCACUAAAACUGUGCCGACUCCUCCCUUAAGUCCAGAGCAUGAGCACUUCCUGCUGAGCUCCGUCACCUUCACCUCCACGGUCUCCUCUCACCUGUACUCUCCACUCUGCGCAUCUUCCACAUCCUUUUUACGCUCCUUCGAUUCUCUUCCUCCUUCCUUGGGACUGCCUCCGAUGAUGUCGCUCGCCCCACCCACUCCUCUGCUGGCCCCACCUCCUCCUCUUCUGGCCACACCCCCUCCAGCACUGAGCCCACCCCCUCUUGAGUUUACCCCGCCUCCGACACAGCUCCUGGGGUCUGACGAUGAGGAGCAGGAGGACCCUUCAGACUACUGUAAAGGUGGUUAUUACCCGGUGAAGAUCGGAGACCUGUUUAACGGCAGGUACCACGUUGUGAGGAAACUAGGCUGGGGUCACUUCUCCACUGUCUGGCUCUGCUGGGAUCUUCAGAGGAAGCGCUUUGUUGCACUGAAGGUGGUAAAGAGCGCUCCACAUUACACUGAGACAGCCAUUGAUGAGAUCAAACUGCUCAGAUGUGUGAGAGACAGUGACCCUUCUGACCCACACAGAGAAACCAUUGUUCAGCUCAUUGAUGACUUCAAGAUCUCAGGCGUCAACGGCGUCCAUGUGUGUAUGGUGAUGGAGGUGUUGGGACAUCAGCUUCUCAAAUGGAUUAUUAAGUCCAACUACAUGGGCCUGCCCCUGGUCUGUGUCAAGAGCAUCAUCAAACAGGUGCUGCAGGGCCUGGACUACCUCCACACUAAAUGUAAGAUCAUCCACACAGACAUAAAGCCGGAGAACAUCCUGCUGCAGGCGGACGAGGUCUACAUCCGCAGACUGGCAGCAGAGGCCACAGUGUGGCAACGAGCUGGAGCCCCGCCCCCCUCAGGCUCAUCAGUAAGCACGGCUCCCAGGGACCUCCAGAGUGGCAAACUGUCCAAGAACAAGAGAAAGAAGUUAAAAAGAAAAGCCAAACGACAACAGAAACUGUUAGAGGAAAGGCUUGUAGAUAUUCAGAAAAUGGAGGAAGAAGAUGGAUUCUACCCGCCAGAUGAAACUGACAACGGUUCCCACAUGGUGAACGGCAAUGCCCCAACUUCAUCCAAUCACAAGGCGAGUCCUGAGUCAUCCUCUUCCUGGUUGGAUGACAGGUGCAAUGGUCACGCCCCCGGCAGAUUCUCUAGCCCCGCCUCCGGACUCUCUGGGUUUUCUAGCUCUGUGAUGUCUGCAACAUCAGAGUCAGCUGUUUCUACACAGUCGGGUUAUUCCAGUGGCAAAGAUGUAUUUACUGCAUCAGACUUCGUGCUGAGUCCUCUUGAUCCACAAAACGCAGACAAAAUCAAAGUGAAGAUCGCUGACCUGGGAAACGCCUGCUGGGUGCACAAACACUUCACAGAGGACAUCCAGACAAGGCAGUACCGAGCCGUGGAGGUUCUGAUCGGAGCAGAGUAUGGUCCUCCGGCUGAUAUCUGGAGCACAGCCUGCAUGGCAUUUGAAUUGGCAACAGGAGAUUAUCUGUUUGAGCCACACUCAGGAGAGGACUACACCAGGGAUGAAGACCACAUUGCACACAUCAUUGAGCUGCUGGGACCACUGCCUAUACCCUUUGCUCUUUCUGGAAGAUACUCCAGGGAGUACUUCAACAGGAGAGGAGAGCUGCGCCACAUCUCGUCCCUGAAGCCCUGGGGUCUGUUCGAGGUGUUGCUGGAGAAGUACGAGUGGCCUCUGGACCAGGCGGCUCAGUUCAGUGACUUCCUGUUGACCAUGUUAGAGCUGGAGCCAGAGAGGCGAGCUACAGCCAAACUCUGUCUACAGCACGCCUGGCUACAAGACUGACACUCCGCCUCCUAGAGGGGAGGAGGAACUACUACACGCCAGGCUAAGAAAAAAACUGAAAAACUGAAACUUUAAAUAUAUAUUUACAUAAACUCUACCACGACCGCUCCAUAGAGGAUGCUGGCUCCAGACAGAAACAAAAAUAUAUUUCUAUACAAGCAACUCACUACAGCCCCCAGUGGAGGGGGCGUUGAACUGCAGGUAUUUCCCUGUUGCCAGGAUCCUUGUUCUGGAGUCAGCCCACAGAUGGAGAGUCCUGGGUUAAUGCACGAAAAAACUUCGGAAUAUUUUUUGGUGAAUGCGUGGUACUGCUUUGUAUGUUGAGAUGUAAUACAGUUUCAAAUUCAACCAUUUCAUGAACGGAAAAUGUAAGUAAUUUUUCAUGUGGUAUGGCGUAUGGCCAUAGGACUUGAACUAGUGCAUUUCUUUGUGAAUUUGCACCUGGCUACAAACAGAGUAGGCAAAAGGUGAAGAUUUAGGCACUGCAAUUGUUACAUCACUGAUUAUGUAUAGCACAGCUGUGACGGAUCCUGGCACAUGGAGCAAAACCUGGAUUUAAAGGACUGAAUGAACGUCUAGAAUCAAAACUAAAUAUAUUUACACACAAACUCUACCACCACCAUCGCCCCCUAGAGGAGAAGAAGAGACAGGGACAAGGAGAUUUACUUGUGACAGUGUUUCUGCUUCUUGUUUAUUUAUUUAUUCUGUUUGAAGGCACUGAUUUGAAACUAUGGGCAGAGAUAUACUUGCCAUUAAGACAAAAGUAUUAAGGAAAAAGUAUUUGAUGUUCUCAUUUCAUUGUUGUGUCCUGUGUGAAUGCCUUGGUAUGAUUGCGGAACUGAAUGCCAUGUCUAAAUCGUGACAUAACUUUGAAUGCAGAGUAAAAUUCUAUAGAAGGCUGAUAUUGUUACGGUUUCAUGUUUGGUUUUUUUCAUAUUGUCAAAACAGCAAGUAUAUCUUUGAGUCCAAAUUUGGCGCUUGCUUACUGAGAAAAAAUCAAUUUACUAUUUACACAAUUUAAGUAAAGGAUUUGGGGAAAAUACAUGUUGCUGUAUAUCUGGAUUUAAGAUUUAACGUUUAAAUUUGACUCUUUUUAUGUACAUUUUGUGCAAUGGUUUUGAGCUCUUCCUUGUUACUCACCGGUUUAUUUCUGGCUGUUGUUUCACAAGAGUGCUUCAUCUCGAUUACAGUGUUAGAGCAGGGGGUCUUGAAAACAAUACAGGCCCCAAAGCUGCUGCCUGUGUCUACCUUUUUCUCAAAUUCUCUCAUAUAGGACAGUUAAAUCGCCCAGUUUAUCUGAACAUGUGUGUUUAUGGAAGAAUUCUGAAAUUAAUUUACUUUUUUUUUUAUUAUUAUGAUGUCUUUAUGUGAAAUUUGUUUUGUGUGUGUCCUCAAUUUAUAUGUGAAAAUGCAUCUCAUAUGGUCACUGUAUUUUUUUCUCAUACUGUAUUUUUUUUUAUAUAUAGACAGAGAAAUAAAAGAGAAACUCUAAAAGCAAAGGCAUUUAUAGACACGUAAAAAUGGAAUUACAACAAAUAAUUUAAUCAGUUGCUUUAAGAGAAGAGGAGAGCACUUUUGUGAAACCACAUUUUGAAUAUUGUUUCGAGUAGCGGGUACCUUCAUUUCUCCACACCUGUAUCUCCGCCCUUUGGCCCUUGACCUCCGACCUCUCCCGUUGCCGUGUGGAUGAGUGACCAGUGCCUUGAUAUGCCCUCUGACCCCUGACAUCAUGGGUUCUUUUGUACGUGUGUGUGUUCAGUGUGAAUAAUGAUACUGUCAAUUCAAUAAAGAUCAGAAUGAAAGCACA